CGCUCCUCACUUUCUCUCUCUCUCUCUCGCUCCUCACUUUCUCUCUCUAUAAUAACAACUCAAAACAGUGUGUGUGAGAAGGAAAAGAUUGCACACUCGAAGUACGCAAAUGUGAGCGAAGUUUCCCAGAAAAUUCAGCAAUUCCAUCAGCUUUUUUCCCGGAAAACUCAAAAAUCGAUCAAAUUUCUCGGAAAAAUUCAGCAGUCUGUCAACUUGGGUAAUCGAAAUGCAAGACAUUCAUUCGGUGAGAGGUGGAGGGAGGUUCUUCGGGGGCUCGGGAGGAGGAGACCCGCGGCUGAGACCGCAUCAGCACCCGAACCAGCAUGCCUUGAAGUGCCCGCGGUGCGAUUCUCUCAACACCAAGUUCUGCUACUACAACAACUACAACCUCUCCCAGCCCCGCCACUUCUGCAAGGCCUGCCGCCGCUACUGGACCAAAGGCGGCGUCCUCCGCAACGUCCCCGUCGGAGGCGGAUGUCGCAAAACUAAACGCUCCAAGACGAAAAAUUCAUCUUCGUCAUCGCCGAUAUCAUCCCCGCCGCCUCCUCCACCGCAACCGAACAGCGCCGAUCAGAACAAAUCCAGCUCUCGUUCGAGUAGCGAGAGCUCCAGCCUCACUAACACCACCGCGGCCGCUGCCACUGCCGCCACGGAGGCCGUCUCAGAGCCGUCUUCGACCGGCUCCGCUUCAAACUUACUGAGCAAUAUUCAUAAUCCGGAAUCCAGUUUCUUCAUUUCUCAGGGCGGCGCAAACAGUGGCUUUGAGCCGGGCGCUUCGGCAGCAGCGCUGCUAGAUCAUAGUACGGAGAUUAACGGAAUUUUCUCGGAGAUCGGGAGCUUCACCAGCUUGAUCACGUCUUCCAACGACAUGCCGUUUAGUUUCGGAAACAUCAACGGCUCGCCGUUUAAUCAGCAAGGCAAUCAUGAUCAUAAUCAAGUUCAUCAAAACCAAUGGGGGCAGCAGAACCAGGGAGUGAAGAUGCAGGAGAUCAGCGCUGGAUUGCUGGAUCAGACGGUGCAGGUGGAUCUAUCAGUGUUCCAAAACAGAUCCCACGGCGGAGGAGGAGGAGGAUUUGGAUCGUUGGAUUGGCAACCGGGAUCAGGUGAUCAAGGUUUGUUUGAUCUUCCUAACACCGUUGAUCAAGCAUACUGGAGUCAUAGUCAAUGGACUGAUCAAGACCACCCUACUCUCUACCUCCCGUAAAAUCUCUCUCUCUAAUUAACCAUCCAUUAAAAAAAAAAAAUUAAUCUCAAAUUUGGUUAAUAGAAAUUUAAAUUUGAGAGGGUCUUUUUAUGAAAAUUAUGAAUAUAUAAUGUAAAUUUUUUAUAUAAUUAUAAUUUUUUUUCUUUGGUGGUUUUUUUGAGGUUUUAUUUGAUGAUUUUGGAAUGUUUUUUGGGUUUGCUCUUGCCCCUUGAGGUUCAUCUGCAACUAACUUGGUGUUAGUGUUUAAUUUUAAUUUUGUUUUUUUGGGUUUUGUCUCUCAUGUAUUUCGAUUUGAAUUAAUCAAAUAUAUAGAGAGAAAUAUUAUAAUUGCUUA